AUGCGCGCCGCAGCCAUCGUGACGGCCUCCCUCUCGGCGGCCCUCGUCGCCGCCCAGGCCACCCAGGACGCCCCUCGCAUCUCGGGCAACCCGACCGACGUUGCGUACGAGGCCACGCUUCCCAACGAUGCCUUCUUCAAACAGGGCUCCCUCAACGGCAACGUCAAGGGCUCCAUCCGCGCCCAGGCCCCCAAGGACGGCAACGGCGUCAAGUUUACCGUCCGCUUCGACAAUGUCCCUGCCGAGGGCGGCCCAUUCCUAUACCAUCUCCACGCUCAGCCCGUGCCCAAUGACGGGAACUGCACCAAGACGCUGGCUCACCUGGAUCCCUUCAACCGCGGCGAGCAGCCUCCCUGCGACGCCUCGGCCCCGCAGACUUGCCAGGUCGGUGAUCUGAGCGGCAAGCACGGCAAGGUGACGCAGGACCCCUUCCAGGCCGAGUACCUCGACCCUUUUACCUCGCUCAAGGAGGGCGACCAGGCUUUUUUCGGAAACCGAUCCUUCGUCUUUCACUUUGGCAACACGACGCGCAUCACGUGCGCCAACUUUGCCCAGGUGGACGCCGACGACUCCGGCUCUGGAGACAACAGCAACCAGCAGCCGUCGGCCCUGCCGGCCGUGGGAAGCGCCGCGGGCGCCGCGGGAGCCACUGGCAGCACGAGCCCUGGCCCGACGGGCAGCCCCUUGGCUUUCCCGGGCGCGGCCACGACGACCAAGUUGUCGCUGUCCCUGGUGCUGGUGACGGUGGCGGCGCUGGCGUUUGCUCUGUAA